AUGAGUGGAGGAGUAAAGAUAUUUAUAGGUCAAAUACCUAAAUCAUUUACAGAAGAUGACCUUAGAGAGAUGUUUGCAGACUUUGUAGAUAGCAUCGAAGAGAUUAAAGUCAUCAGAAACAAAGCAACACAAGAACCUCAAGGAUGUGCAUUCAUCACAAUGACAAACCCAGAUGUUGCUGAAAAGUCUAUUCAACAAUUACACAACAGCAAGAAGUUUCCUGGUGUAUCAAACUUUCUUCAAGUUAAAUAUGCUGAUAGUGAACAAGAAAAACUUUCAACAAAAUUAUUUGUUGGUAUGUUACCAAAAGAAUAUAAUGAAGAUGAUGUUAGAAAGUUGUUUUCAGAUUAUGGUGAUGUCGAUGAAAUAUGUAUAUUAAGAGGUCCAAACAAUCAAAGCAAGAGUUGUGGUUUUAUUAAAUUUCAAUCAAGAGAAAGUUGUCUCAAUGCAAUUUCUUCUUUAAAUGGUAUUCGAAUUCCACCAAGUCCACAUAAUCUUGUAGUUAAAUUUGCAGAUACUGAAAAAGAUAGAAAGAAUAAGCAAAAGAUGCAACAACAACAACACCAACAGUAUUCACAACAAUUGGCAGUGGCAGCAUCAGUCAGUCUUCCAAAGAUCAAUCCUAGCAAGGGACAGAAGAUGGAUUUGUCCAGUCACUACAACAUGGGAGGCUUUGGAAUGAACUCACCCCCACCCUCGUUACUUGGUAACCAUCCAUCGUCGGGUGGUGUCGGUGGCGGCUUGUUGGGUGACGGCUCAUCUUCUCACCUCUUUUCCACCAUGCCCCAGUUUGAUCCAAUGGGAGGUAUGGGUAUGGGCAUGAUGGGAGGCAUGAACGGAGGUAUGGGCAUGGGUAUGGGAAGCAUGGGAGGCAUGGGAGGCAUGGGCAUGGGCAUGAUGGGAGGUAUGGGUGGAAUGGGUAUGAUGGGAGGUGGCAGUCCCAUGGGAGGUAUGGGAGGCAUGGGCAUGGGUGGAAUGGGCAUGGGUGGUCCAGGAAUGGGCAACGGUUCAAGCCCAGGUAACAUGUCAAUGGGUGGUCCAGGAUCCAUGGGAAUGGGUGGCCCAGGCAAUGGCCCAAACAUGGGAGGUAUGGGUAUGGGUAUGGGCAUGGGCAUGGGCGGAAUGGGUGGAAUGGGUGGCCCAGGACCCAUGGGAAAUGGUGGCGGUGGUCCAGGACCAAUGGGAAAUGGUGGCGGAGGCCCAAGUGGUAAAUUCAACGGAAGAGGAGGAAACAAUGGCAACAAUGGCAACAAUAACAAUAACAACUAUUAUGGAGGUAAUGGUGGUGGUGGCGGUAACAAUGGCAACAAUGGCAACAAUAAUAACAACUAUAACAAUGGACCACAAGGUGGAGGUGGUGGUGGAAACCAAAAAAAGAAUCAAUCUGUUGGUCCUUCUGGAUCCAAUCUUUUUGUCUACAAUAUUCCAAACUUUUAUACUGAUGUCGAACUAAGUGUUUUAUUUGAUCCAUUUGGUGCUGUCAUCAGUUCAAAGGUUUUCAUUGAUAAGAAUACUGGAACAAGUAAAGGUUUUGGUUUUGUAAGCUUUGAUAAUCCAAAUUCAGCAACAACAGCCAUUACAAAUUUAAAUGGCAUGAUGCUUAAUGGUAAAAAGUUAAAAGUUACUGUCAAAAAUUCAAAUUCAAAUCCAUAUUAA